AUGAAGGCGCUUAUAGUUGGGUCGAAGGAGGCCGCCUCUUGUCCGGCCAUCAUCUGUGUUGCGGGAGCCACGGUGGACCUCCCCCCCGAACAGUGGAAGUUGCUCGCUGAGGAUAAGCAUCCGUUGACGGCCCGUCUGUUCGACUUUGUCACCGGGCUUGCAGCGCAGGCUGAAGAGACCGCACGGUUGAAGAAACACCAGGAGUCGGGCGUUGGUGGGGUCGCGGUCGUGGGCUCUGAGGAGCUUGCGUCCGCGCUUGCUAAUGCGGUUCGGGUGUUGGAGAAGGAGGCGAGGGCGAUCGCGCAGGAAAGAGCGGCCCUGGUCGAUACGUGUAACCAGGAGGCGUUGGUGCUGGGGCGAGUGGACGCGAGGCUAGGACAGCUGCAGGGGGUGGUGGCAGACUCCAAGGAAACCGCUCAGAAGAAGCUGACGGACGAGGUUGCGCGGAAGAUCGACAACAUGUCGAUCGCGGUCUCCGCGACAGCAGAGCGGGCAAUCACCACCAGCGGGGUCAUGAACGCGCUGCACACCCUCAUCACGCUCGUUGGAGGAGGCCCCCCGCCGCGCACGGAUAAUGAAGGAACGGCCGCGACGGAGAUUGCCGAGCCCGGGGAUGCAGAGCAUGGAAAGUGGGCAACGGGUGCGAAGGCGGAGAAUCAACGGGGGGCGAAGAGGCAGAGAGGUCCCCAGGCAGCGGCCGCGGUGCGCAAUCCGAGCGUGCAGGACAUGCUGAAGCAGAAGUGGGGCGCUGCAUCGCGAGGUGCAACACCGCCUGGUCAACCGGGUUCGAGCUCGCGCUCCAUCCCACCUGGAGAAGCUGCACCCAAACCACCGGGCCCUGCCGGGGCAACCGCGACAGUGACAACUACUGUGGGUCGGGGCAAGGGUAAGGCGGAGGAUGGAGAGGCGCCGGCUGCUGCGCAUUCGCUGGCCUCGAGGCGCGGGGAAACGCGGACGGGUGGCAAGAAGUUGCCCCCUCCGCCCGUGUACACGAUCGACGAGGACGAUGCGGAUGAGGAGCUGGAGGGUCUCGUGAGUAGGUGGGUCGAGGCGGGCGACGGAGGAGAGCAGGGUGGGGAGGCUGCGGUCGAUGUUUAUAGCGGCGGGGAGAGCGCAGACUAG